UUGCAUAGUUCAUGGCUCUACACAACAAAAACAAAAUUUAUACUAAACUAUCUAAUAAUCUCUAUAAUACACGCUCUAAAGCAAAUAAUGUCAGACGCUCGGUGUUAUUUAUAAUUCUAAAGAUAAACCACGUUGCUUAUAAGCUUAUUUACGUUACGAAACGUUGCGCUGGUGACAAUUACAUUUGGUAGUUUAAGAAUUGAUUAGUGUAGUGAUAACCGGUGACAGGUGCAGUUUGCCGGACUUCGUGGAUCUGAAGGGGAUAACUUAAAAAAUUGUGUGGAACAGGGAUAUAAUUUAUUCUCUAUAUACUUCGCGUUUUUUGUUUCAAUAAUCAUAAAAGAAGAUGUUACCACCAAAGACACCCCUGCUUCGUAAACGGUAUCGUAUGCAGAUAUUGAUGGCGCUUACAUAUCAUAUUAUGAACUUCGCACACGGUCUUGGCAUUGGAUGGGUGUCCCCCACGGUGGAAAUAAUACAGUCGCCCGAUACACCUUUGAGUUUUCCCGUGACCGUUGACCAGGUAUCAUGGAUUGGUUCACUCUUCGGUUUCGGCUUUUUGAGUGGAAAUAUACUAUUUGGUCUGACUAUAAAUCGAUUUAGUCGCAAAUUGAAUAUGUACUUAUUAGCUUUCCCUCAUAUGCUAUUUUGGAUCUUAAAUUAUUUUGUACAAAGUGUGGAGUAUCUGUAUGCAGGGCGAUUCUUUGCUGGUGUCACAAGCGGCGGUUUGUUUGUUGUCGCGCCGAUUUUCCUCAGUGAAAUUGUAGACAAAGAAAUUCGUGGUGCACUCAUGUCCAUGGGCAUGAUGUUCCUUAGUUGCGGUGUGCUCAUUGGCUUCAUAUUGCCCACAAAAAUCGAUUACUACCUUACACCGUGUAUUGCACUGGCGCUGCCCAUACUUUACGUUGUGGUGGUUUGUUUCUUCCCGGAGACACCACAAAGCCUCCUGCGAAGUGGGCAACUGGCCGAAGCGGAAGCAGCUUUUAAUUUCUACAAAGGCGUUGACUACGAAAAGAAACCACGAACGAGCAUAAGCGUUGACGAAUCGAAAACAUCAACGGAAGGGCAAAGCGAAUUUGAAGAUUUAAAAACGAUAAUUUUGACCGGUGACGCCAACGUGCCCGUAAAACUACAUGACUUUUUUGAAAGGUCGGCGCUCAAGGCAUUUGCUCACACCUUUGUGCUCUGCAUCUUAUAUCAAUGGUCGGGGAGUUUCGCCUUCCUCAACUACAUGACUUCAAUAUUUGCCGCUUCCAGCUCUACAAUGGAUCCUUAUUUGUCUACCACAAUUGUGGGCGUUUCGCAUAUAUGUGGAACAUUAUUUGCCACCUUGUUUGUGGAACGAUUUGGUAGAAGGGUGCUGUUGUUCUGUUCCACCACAGCCAUGAUUAUUGGCAUGUUUGGGUUCGGUGCUUUUGAACAGUUCGCCGGUGCGCACACGAAGGAUCAAUAUGCCACGUGGGUGCCAUUUGCCUUUAUGCUAGUUGUGGUUUUCACUUCCGCCAGUGGACUCUUUGGAAAUUUCUUCACCAUGGUUGUGGAAAUAUUGCCUGUGAAGAUCCGUGCCGAGGCAUUAUCGAUAUCGAUGUGCUUUGUGAGUCUUCUAGUGUUCGUGAUCUUGAAGAUAUACCCUUAUUUCCUAUUCGAAUUGGGUAUUCCUGCCACAAUGUACACCUGUGGUGCAAUAUCUAUAGUUACCACAAUAUAUUUGUAUAUAUUUAUGCCGGAGACGAAAGGAAAAUCAAUGGACAAAAACUAUUAUAUUGUGCUCUUUUCACAUGGUCUAGGUAUUGGAUGGGUGUCCCCCACGGUGGAAAUAAUACAGUCGCCCGAUACACCUUUGAGUUUUCCCGUGACCGUUGACCAAGUAUCAUGGAUUGGUUCACUCUUCGGUUUCGGCUUUUUGAGUGGAAAUAUAUUAUUUGGUCUGACUAUGAAUCGAUUAAGUCGCAAAUUCAAUAUGUACCUUUUGGCUUUCCCUCAUAUGCUUUUUUGGAUCUUAACUUAUAUUGUACAUAAUGUGGAUUAUCUGUAUGCAGGACGGUUCUUUGCUGGUAUCACCGCCGGCGGUUUGUUCGUUGUCGCGCCUAUUUUCGUCAGUGAAAUUGUAGACAAAGAAAUUCGUGGUGGACUUAUGUCCAUGGGCAUGAAUAUUUUCAGUUGCGGCGUGCUCAUUGGUUUCAUAUUACCCACAAAAGUCGAUUACUACGUUAUACCCUGUAUUGUACUGGCGCUGCCCAUACUUUACCUUUUGUUGUUUUGUUUCUUCCCGGAGACACCACAAAGCCUCCUGAGAAGUGGACACCUGACCGAAGCGGAAGCAGCUUUUAAUUUCUACAAAGGCAUUGACCACGAAAAGAAGCCACGGACGAGCAUACGCGUUGAAGAAUCGAAAACAGCAACGGAAGGGCAAAGGGAAUUUGAAGAUUUAAAAACGAUCAUUUUGUCGGGUGAAGCAAACGUGCCCAUUAAACUACAUGACUUUUUUGAAAGGUCAGCGCUCAAGGCAUUUGCUCACACAUUUGUGCUCUGCAUCUUAUGUCAAUGGUCGGGGAGUUUCGCUUUCCUCAACUACAUGACUUCAAUAUUUGCCAAUUCCAGCUCUACACUGGAUCCUUAUUUGUCUACCAUAAUUGUGGGCGUAUCACAUAUAUGUGGAACAUUAUUCGCCGCCUUGUUCGUGGAUCGAUUCGGUAGAAGGGGGCUGUUGUUUUCUACCACCACCGCCAUGAUUAUUGGCAUGUUUGGGUUCGGUGCUUAUGAACAGAUCGCCGAUGCGUACACGAAAGCUCAAUAUGGCAAUUGGGUACCACUUGUUUUUAUGCUAAUUGUCGUUAUCAGUUCCGCUAGUGGGAUCUUUGGAAAUAUCUUCACCAUAGUGGUGGAAAUAUUGCCUGUGAAGAUCCGUGCCGAGGCAUUAUCGAUAACGAUGUGUUUUAUGAGUCUUCUAGUGUUCGUGAUAUUGAAGUUAUAUCCUUAUUUCCUAUUCGAAUUGGGUAUUCCUGCCACAAUGUUUACCUGUGGGGCAAUAUCUGUAGUUACCACGAUAUAUUUGUAUAUAUUUAUGCCGGAGACGAAAGGAAAAUCAAUGGACGAAGAGUAAAUGUUUUGUAAAAUA